CUCCGCCCCUUUUUCCUCCCCACCAGGAGAACUAGAUCCGUUGUUACCCACCGCCUGAGAUCUGCAAGCCGCGUGCCCACGAGUUCCCACUUGGACUUUUGCAAUCAGAGGUAACAGCAAUGGCCUCAAAAUGGAGGGCUACUACAUCUUGGUAUUCUCACCCAGUAUAUGCAAGAUACUGGCAACAUUAUUACCAUGCAAUGCUCUGGAUGCAGAGCCACCAGAAUGCUUACAGAAAGUUCAGGGAUUCCUAUUUCACUUCCCCAUGGUUCUUCCCUCAUGGAGUUCAACCCUGGAGCUCCUUUGCUUAUGAGACUGGACAUCCUUGGAAUUCUGAAGGUCAGCACAUGGAGUGGCAGGAGUCUCCCUACAGUGUUUCCCAUCCCAGAAGCUUCGAGCAGCCUCUGUAUAACAGCCGUAGAAGCCAGGCAUCCGCAAGAGAAGAUGAAGAAGCCCUGUGUGAAGAGGAAGAGCUGGAGUCGGAUUCGGAUGACGAAGUCGAGUGUGACCUGAGCAAUAUGGAGAUCACUGAGGAGCUCCGCCAGUACUUCGCACAGACCGAGAGGCACAGAGAAGAGCGACGGCGACAGCAGCAGCUGGACGAGGAACGUCUGAAUGACUAUGUGAAUGCAGACCACGGCCUGUACUUCAACCACCACAGGUCAGUGGAGCCCCCGUCUGAGAAGCCCUGGGAGCGGCGUCAAGCAGAGAUGAAGCGCUUAUAUGGAAACAGUGCUCCCAAGAUCCUGGCCAUGGAGGCUGCUGUUCAGCUGAGCUUUGACAAGCACUGUGACAGAAAGCAGCCGAAGUACUGGCCUGUCAUCCCCCUGAAGUUCUGAGGCCUGGGCACCGGGCCCCUAGACAAUGCCUCACAGUCCCUGGCCUCUCCCUAUUCAUCUCUUAUGGACAUUUUCAAAGAAAGAGGCCUGUAUGCCAACAUGGCGGACACAGUCUGUCAGCCACUUAUAAUUCUGUCAGCAGGAGACAUACUGUUGCCAACACAAGGAAUAUUCACUUGACAUGUGUAUUGCACUGGCCUUGGGUUUUCUCUGUAAUAGUCCAGUUCAUUGAAAUUAUUGCCUAGAGGUACUGCCUAUUGUUUUGCAUUUUAAAUUUCCUCCUUUAAACUGUCUAGAAUGUAAUAAAAGCCACAGGCCACA